GAUCCUGAGUGAGCACCGUGAGGGAGAGAGAGAGAGAGAGAGAGAGGAGGUGUAGGCGCGAUACACUUCUACUGGGUUAAAACGAAGCUGUUUGUGUGUGUCGAGUGGCUACUCCGGAAUUGUUUGAAUAAAUCAACACGGGUCGGGCUUUUUUUUUUUCUUCUUCCUGUAAGCGAGGAGACAGUUCGUCGAGUUUGAAAAGACUGUGGACACUGGAGGGAAGUUUAAAUCCCUGCGCCGUCCGGGGGAAAGGUGAGGCGCAGUGGCUUCUCCGUUUGAAAACGGAAGAGCACCUUUGCUUAUGUUCAAUUUGCUUUGAAGUUGUAGUUUUCAUCACCUUGAGUAUAGCCUAGUUGUUAUCUCGCUGUCCCGUACUGAACUCUAUAGCAGCAUGGCUGUCAAGUGUUGUGCUGCGUAACCAGUUCGUCCAGCUCAGCGGGGAGUUUCGCUGCUUUUCUUUUUUUUUAACCUGCAGGUAAACCGUCUCCAAGGUUUAUCCCUUUUUCUAAACACUCCAUUUCGAAGUCAUUUAAGAAUUAUAAUGGCUGGUUUGAGCAAUGUCCACAUGAAAACCCUGGAGGACCUCACGCUGGACUCGGGGUACGGCGCGGGGGACUCAUGCAAAUCCCUCAGCCUGUCCUCUUCCAAGUCCAACUCCCAGGCCUUCAUGACGGCCCCUCAUCGGGGCAACUGGUGGUACUUUUCCGGCUCCAUGAACAGCAGGAACAACAGCUGGGACACGGUCAACACUGUCCUUCCCGAAGAUCCCGAGGACAUCUUCUCGAAGUGCCCCCGCUUACCGGAAUUGGAAGAGUUCCCCUGGACCGAAGAGGAGGUGGCCAAGGUACUGCGAAAAGUGGCCGAGAGUGGGAGCGUUAAAGGGGGGCUCCCGCCCGUGUUCUCCCCGGAGGCCGUGAGGCGGCUGUCCAUCCUUCUCCGCAGGGCUCUGAUCCGCAUCUCCAGGGAGGCUCAGCGGCUCAGCGUCAUGCACUGCCGCUGCACGCGCUUUGAGGUGCAGAGUGCCAUGAGGCUCGUGCUCAGCUGGGCUCUGGCCGACCACUGCGUCUCGGCUACGGUCAAGGCAAUCUCCAUGUACAGCAUGAGUGCAGGGGAGCUGCUGAGGAAGGGCAAGUCCGCUCGCUGUGGCCUCUCCUUCUCCGUGGGACGCUUCUUCCGCUGGAUGGUGGAUACGCGCAUCUCCGUGCGCAUCCACGAGUAUGCGUCGAUAUGCCUGACCGCGUGCAUGGAGGCCCUGGUGGAGGAGAUAGGAGCCCGUGUGCUGAUGGUCGAGAGGGGUCACCCAGGGCCGGAUUCAGGGUCAACAUUCGCCCCGGUGAGUGCAGAGGCCCUGGAGGGGGUUGUGAACAAUGACGCGGAGCUGUGGGGCGUCCUGCAGCACUAUGAACACCUGAUCUGCGGGAAGAACGCCAAUGGUGUUCUGUCUCUCCCAGCCCAUUUCAGUCCUUACACAGAGAACCAGCAGACGUCUGUGGACAGCAGAGAGGAUGCCUAUGCCCAGCUGGAGCUGAGGACGCUGGAGCAGUCCCUGCUGGCUACCUGUGUGGGCAGUAUCUCUGAACUCAGUGACUUGGUGUCUCGCGCCAUGCACCACAUGCAGCGCCUCAGCUCAGUGCGUCCAGGACUGAGCCCCGCCCGCCACACCCGUCCCCAGCAGCCCGUGUCCUGGUCGCCGGACGCCCUCCACACCCUUUACUACUUCCUGCGCUGCCCGCAAAUGGAGUCCAUGGAGAAUCCCAACUUGGAUCCCCCACGCAUGGCACUUAGCAAGGAGAGGCCAUUUCUGUUGCUGCCGCCUCUGAUGGAGUGGAUGAGAGUGGCCAUAGUUCACGCUGAGCAUCGCAAGAGCCUAUUGGUGGACAGUGAUGAUGUCAGACAGACUGCAAGGCUGCUUCUUUCAGGACUGGACUGUGAACCAAGACAGCUCAAGCCUGAGUGUUGCUUUAGCUCCUUCAAGCGUCUGGACUCCAAAGCUGCCACAGACAAGUUUCACCUAGACUUGGGUUUCCGUAUGCUGAACUGUGGACGCACAGAUCUAAUUGGCCAAGCCAUCGGUCUUCUGGGGCCAGACGGAGUCAACAGCAUGGACGACCAGGGGAUGACUCCUCUGAUGUAUGCUUGUGCAGCUGGAGACGAGGCCUUAGUCCAGAUGUUGAUCGAUGCUGGGGCCAACCUUGAUGUUGCGGUUCCUCCAUGCUCCCCAAAGCACCCAUCUGUAAACCCUGACAGUCGCCACUGGGCUGCCCUCACGUUCGCUGUGCUGCAUGGACACAUCUCUGUAGUGCAGCUUCUGUUGGAUGCAGGAGCCAACGUGGAGGGAGCUGCAGUCCGAAACGGACAAGAGAGUACAGCAGACACCCCGCUGCAGCUGGCUUCAGCAGCAGGCAACUAUGAGAUGGUGAGUUUGCUCCUGGCCCGAGGCGCAGACCCCUUAUCAAAGACCCACGAUGGAAAUGCUCUGACAUCGUCCCUCUACGAAGACAUGAACUGCUUCAGUCAUGCAGCCGCACACGGUCACAGGAACGUGCUGAGAAAGCUACUGACUCAGCCCCAGCAAGUCAAAGAGGAUGUCCUGUCUCUGGAGGAGAUCUUAGCUGAGGGGGUUGAGGGUGAGGAGGCCGGGAUCUGCCCUUUCUUCCCUCUCUCCCCUCUCCCGACCCCUUCCUCCGGCUCCGGGUCGCAGCCUGAGGUGGGCAUACCGCGGCUCUGCAAGGCCAGGAUGAAGGCUCUGCAAGAGGCCAGCUACUACAGUGCUGAGCACGGUUAUCUGGAUGUCACCAUGGAGCUUAGAACUUUGGGUGUCCCAUGGAAACUACAUGUGUGGCUGGAGUCUCUGCGCUGUGCCCAGCUGCAGUCCAGAACCGGGGUCACUCUCUCGCUCCUCAGAGAGUUCACCACCAUCAGAGAAGAGGACUACUGUGAGGAGCUGGUCACUGUAGGCCUGCCCCUGAUGUUCAACAUCUUACGAACAACUAAGAAUGAUGCCAUCAUUCAGCAGUUGGCGACUAUUUUUAGUCACUGUUUUGGCCCAGCACCUCUCCCAGCCGUCCCCGAUAAGAAGGCAACUCUUUCAGCACAGUUGGACCCUCACUUCCUGAAUAACCAAGAGAUGUCAGAUGUGACAUUUGUGGUGGAGGGGAAACCGUUCUACGCCCACAGAGUCCUGCUGAUCACCGCUUCAGACCGAUUCAAGUCUCUGCUGGCCUCCUCUGGUACAGAUGGAAGCCCCAACAAAGAGAUUGAGAUCAGUGACAUCAAGUACAGCAUUUUCCAGAUAAUGAUGUCAUACCUGUACUGUGGAGGAACAGAGUCACUGAGAAAUAAUGUUCCUGACCUGCUGGAGUUGUUAUCAGCUGCGAGUCUGUUCCGGCUUGGGGUGCUACAAAGACACUGUGAAUUUAUGUGCUCACGGCACAUCAACCUGGAUAAUGCAGUCAGCAUCUACAAGACUGCUAAGGUCCAUGGUUCAGCAGAGCUGAGCUCAUUCUGUGAGGGUUACUUCUUGCAGCACAUGCCUGCUCUUCUGGAGAGAGAGGCCUUCAAGAGCCUGCUGCUGGGACCCCCCGCCGCUCGACAAGGAAACAACUCCACUUCUAUGCUGGUUCACAGUCGGGGAGACUCACCUCUGGAGGAGCUGGAGAUCACCCUGGCUCAGCGACUACGCUCUCUCCAUGUCACCUCCCGAGUCUGAGGACAGAAGACAUGGAUAAGUGGAUGAACGAUGCAGUCCAAGGAGAAGUCUUGUGUUAUCACAGAUACAGGAUCUGACCUUAAACAGCUGUUUUAAUACUUUAAGUACAGAUGUUCUCCUAAGUCUUUUGACAAGCAUCUUCCUCAAGACAUUGACACUGACAGUGUUACAUUUAAUUCUGUUGACAAUUCAGUGUUUCAUAUUUUGUGCCAAGACCACCACCUUGCCAUUAUUUUUGCAGUGUGCAGCAUGUAUAAGGUAAAAAAAAAAAGGACAAUUUUAUGCUCUCUCCAAGGCUCAGGAAGCCUAAAGGAGCAGCAACAGUUGGAUGCAACAGGUGGGAGCUCUGAAUAAUGGAACACUGCUGACCUCUUGUGGACAAAACUGACAAAUGAAUAUUUGUCUGAGAGGAUUGGGAUCAGUACACCCUCCUUGUUCUGACUGAAGCAGUCUGAAGGGACAUAAGACUGAAGCAAACAUGAAAGAAUCCUGUGAGGGGGCCAUGCUGGACUUGUGGCUCACUUUCAAACUCAUAAUGCAGAGUGGGAGGAAGGAGGGGAACUUUGUGCCUCCAGUACUGACGUUAGCUUUGGAUUAACAAAUGUACUGUCUAUGUAACUGUACGUUCUUAUUUUGUAUUUUUAAAACUGUAUGACCACAGAAGCGAAACACUUACUGAAGAGUGGGAUGGACAUUUUCUAUUUAAUGACAAAAAAAAGAUGUGAGAGUAUUUAUCGGGGUGUUCCCUUUUUAUUUUGUUUUUUUUUAAUCCAAGCAAAUAUUAAUAUUAUUGUUUUAAAAAAUGGCUUUUGGUGUAGCUGUUGUUUUUUCCAGGUACAUUGACAGUUGAUUAAGCUUAUGUAUGCUGAGGUUUAAUGCUUCUACAAAGGUACAGCAGCUGAAUCCAACAUGGGAAUUUGGUCACAUAAAGUCUGCUUUAAUACUGAAAGUUGUAAUAAACCUGCUUAACAAGCA